AUGAACUGUAAAAGAGAACUGAGAAUAAUAUGUUGCGAGAGACCGAAGAACCCCAACUGGUCAAGAUCCAAACAGACUGGAUUAACCGUGACCUCUCCCGCGUACGGAUCAUCGUAUCGGCAUCCAGAGAGGAAUAUGAUUGUGUUUCUCGUUGUCGUCAGCCUCGCCCUCAGCGGUGGACUGGGGGCACCCACCACUGCGGUGUACAAGUUUGUCAAGUGUAACCCUGAGGGAGACCAAGCCAACUGCAUCACGCACCAAAGUACCAACAUGGAGUGGAAUCCGGAUUUACCAUCAAAACUCCCCGCCUCGGCUGCCCAGUACCUAGAGGCUGAGCCGGAGGAGGAUGAGCGAGAUGCAGAGGAGGAGUAUCCUGAGGAUUACGAAUAUCCAGUGGAGGAGGAGGAAAAUCCAGAAGAGGAGGAGUAUCCUGAGGAAGAGGAGGAGGAGGAGGAGUACAAGUCUCCGGAGGUCUAUAUAUCUGAGGGCGGCUCUGGGGACGAAGGCUCUGGCUUCAUGGUGGACUUGACCAUGGCUGAAAAUGGCUCUGGAGAACGCAUGGACAUACAAACCAAAGGUGGCCGUAUCAUUUAUAAGCAAAACUGGGGGGACAUACUUGAUGAACAAAAACCAGCCAAGGAGGAAAUGAAGGAAGACCAUCUUCUUCAUCUGUAA